UAUCCUUCUAUAAAACAAGUGAUUGAGUGGAGGAGGGAAAGCUACCUCCCUAAAGCUCUCACAAUCUCAUCUCUAUAGAUAUUGUUAGGGCCUCAGGGGAAGCACAACACAUACCUCAUCGUAGAUCUGAUAUGCAAUAUUUGCCAAAAAAAUGGGUAAACAACUGCAUAUAGUAAUGUUUCCAUGGUUUGCCAUAGGACAUAUGACCCCAUUUCUCCACCUCUCUAACAAACUAGCUGAAUAUGGCCAUAAGAUCACCUUCUUGCUCCCAAAAAAAGCCAAACACCAACUUCAACACUUACUACUUUACCCUUCCCUCAUUACUCUCCACCCCAUCACAAUCCCUCACGUCCACCCUCUUCCACCCGGCACCGAAACCGCCUCAGAAAUCCCCUUGCACCUUAACAACCACCUCGCCACCGCCCUUGAUCUCACCCGUCUUGAGGUCGAGUAUUUUAUCAUAACCCUACAGCCUAAGCCCCAUCUCCUCUUUUAUGACAUAGCGUUUUGGGUUCCUGAGAUCGCUUCUAAGCUACAAAUUAAGUCCAUUUGUUACAAUGUGGUGUGUGCUGCUUCCUUAGCGAUCGCCUUGGUCCCAUCCCUUAACGUGGGCCGGGACCAACCCGUUACCGAGGAGGACGUAGCUAAGCCUCCGCCAGGCUACCCGUCGUCGAACGUCGUCUUCCAUGGUCCGGAGGCUCGUAGCUUGCUCUUCAUAGGGUUAGAAUUUGGCAGCGGGCUCACCUUCUACGAUCGAAUAGUAACAGCAAUGAAGUCCUGUGAUGCCAUUGCAAUUAGGACCUGCCGUGAGAUUGAAGAUAACUUUUGUGAUUACAUUUCUGCCCAAUACAACAAGCCCGUGCUCCUCACAGGCCCGGUCCUCCCAGAGACCAACAACAACCACCCCUUGGAAGCCCAAUGGGUCGAGUGGUUGAGCCGAUUCGAGCCGAACUCUGUUGUGUUUUGUGCCUUCGGGAGCCAGUUCAUUCUUGAGAAAGAUCAGUUUCAGGAGCUACUACUUGGGUUUGAAAUGACAAUGUUACCUUUCCUAGUGGCAUUAAAACCACCCCAGGGAUGCGGCUUCGUCGAGGAGGCGCUACCCGAGGGGUUCAAGGAGAGAGUAGGAGAAAGAGGGGUGGUUCAUGGCGGUUGGGUACAACAACCACUAAUACUGGCGCACCCCUCAGUUGGGUGCUUUGUGAACCAUUGUGGGUUCGGUUCAAUGUGGGAAAGUUUGAUGGCCGAGAGUCAGAUAGUGAUGGUGCCGCAGUUGGGUGAUCAGAUUUUAAACACGAGGUUGAUGAGCGGCGAGCUCGUGGUGGGUGUGGAGGUGGAGAGGGCGGAGAAUGGGUGGGUGUCUAAGGAAAGCUUGUGUAAGGCUAUUAAAUCAGUGAUGGGUGAAGAUAGUGAAGUUGGGUGUUUGGUUAGAAAUAACCAUGCUAAGUGGAGACAAAUUAUAGUUAGCCAAGGAUUUAUGAGGGGUUAUAUUGAUAAUUUUGUUAAGGAUUUGGAGUUGCUCAUGGGAUAAUUCACAAACUCAUGUAUGUGUUGUUGAUUAGAAAAUAAAUGUUUACUUCUUUAUGUCUUAUAAUUUCUACAAUAGUGCUUGUAUUUUAAGGUCAAAUAUUAUAAAAUUUAAUCACAAAUUAUCUCUAUUAUAUAUUAAAAAAAAGUUU